AAAUGCUGUAUUUCAUCUCAAUGCGAAAUGAUGAUGAUGAUGAUGAUGAUGCUUGUUGAAGUUAGAAUUUGAUGUUCUUAUACAAAAACGUAGUUCUAUCAAUGUACAAAUCUGAAGAUUUAAGUGGUUUGUGAUCCCAUAUCAGACAAUGACAACUUGUCCCCUAACACAGUGGUUGCCAUCCUGGGGGUUGGGUCACCAAAGUAUAUAUACAGUAGGCCUAUAUUUCAGCAUUUGGUUAACUUCUGUGAAGAAAUAUAAAGUAAAUUGUCAGUUUACUCAAUGAUAGGAAAUGGGUCCCUGAAGGCAAAAGGUUGUGAACCAUUACCCUAACAUACAGGUGUUUAUGUAUCAAUAUGUUUCAGAAAGACACAAACUUUCAUGAAACUGUUAUUGAAGAGUUAGAAUGCAUUUAAGAUUGAGAGGUGAUAUUUAUACUGACCUUGAGCGAGUAGGAAUCAGAGAGAUAUGGCCACCUGCUCAUCAACUGGAAGCGACAGCUGGCCAUGGUUGCCACAACAAACAUACCUGAUGGGUCACAUUCUCACUCUCUGUUGGUCUAUGCUUUGCUUUCUUGCACUCAGCCCUCUGUUGUGUAUUCAUGCACGUGUAUGCUCUUGUCUUAUCAGUCUAAAAGCUGCCCUGGUGUUGGCGUCUAUGCCAGCUGUAGAACACACACACACACACACACACACACACACACACACACACACACUUGUACUCAAUUAAUAAACACACACAGGCUCACAUAAAACACGUGCAAACACUGCACACGGCAAAGCAAGGGAACGUAAAGUGGUUUUUUUUUUUACCAUCAAUAAUUCAGUUCUAAUUCAUGUCUGCUUGAACUGUGACUCAGGGUAAAAACAACCCUUAAAAAUAGACCAGCGUCUUAUAAAUAGGCUUAACCGGGAACUGUAAGUUCACCUUUAUGCCCCAUGCCAACACGGUCACUUUGGCCUUGACAUUCAUCAUAGCCAGCCAGGCUAAGAGGCAACAACAAGGUCAUGUUACAUAAGAAACACUACGAGACAUUCUGCAAGGGGUGUUUUGCUCAAUAUUCAUCUUUGCUUUUGUGCUUUAUUGUUAUUAUUUUAUUAUUAACUGUGUUCUCCACACAUUGUUUUCCAAUUUAUCCUGAUCCCAAUUAGAGGCAUGUUGCUCCUCAUUAUUGCCUCAAACAGAUGGCCGGGUACACCCUGAGGCCCGGGAAUGAGCAGGGAUAGGUCAUUUCAUCCUGCUCAUAAAGCUGUGUUUCACUGGUAAAAUACUACGUUACUUGUAGUUACUUGUCCUGCUUAUUCUUGACCUGGAGCUCACGGUGGUUUAAAUGUUUAAGAUCUCUGUGAAUUAAAGGCUCAUGUAACCUGCUGCAUGAGGGCAUGUUUGAGGAGGUGAUGACAUGGAGACAACUGACCAAGAGGGCUACUUGAUAUUGUGUUGACGUCACAUCCACAUAGCUCACAUAUGUAAAAUAUGUUAUUAUUAUAUACUUAUGUGAUACCUCCUUUCCUCCAUAUAGUAUAUGAUGAUGAAAUGUAACUGAAUCUCCUACCAGGGGUGAUGCAACCUCACUGCAUUACACAAGUAAAAUCUGAAACAGUUAUAUGACCCCUCUGGCUAGUUAGCAUUCACAUUAUGUGCAAGUUACUUCAUUAGCAGGAGUUUUUACACAUCAUAAACACAUUUUAUUAAAGUCGACUUGCUCUGUGUCAUUUUUUGAGGUUGCCAUUAGCCUGAUAGCUAUCGGUCCCGGCUUUGUGUUAGCUUACUCUGCAAGUAUUAAAUGAUAUUGAACUUUCUUAACUUAAUCUUUCCAUAUUAUGCAUCAUAGCAGUCUCUGUUAGCACUCUCAAGCUGGUUGACAUUGAAUGUUGCUCGUAUUGUGAUUGAAUUGGGCCGUAUUCAGCAUUUUGCUUUUGCCCUGAUGACACAACAUAGCUCCAGUCUCUCAUGCACUCUCCAUGUGCUCAUUUCAUCACUCCCCAGCUAAAAUGUCCAAUCCCUGAACACCUAUUGUGUUCAUUCAUUUUGGGUUAGCCACGUCACCUCUGCCAACACUGCACUGCUUUCCUGCUAACUGCUUUUACAUGCUGCUCAGCCUCGGGCCUUGGAGUCUGAGCCUGUUACUAUAGAAACCACACAGAAGGACAAAGUAGAGGAGAGGAGGGGGGGAGAUGCUUACAUACGAAUGGAGGGCGGGAGCCAGCUUGUGACACUGCUCCCUCUGAUUGGCUAUAGGCAUCUUCUAACCCCACCCACCCCCCUGUGUCAUGAUUAUCAUCAUUUCUGCUGCAAAACUCGUGACUGCUGCUGCUGGCUCUCUCACUCUCUGUAUCUCUGUGUUUAUUGAGUCAUUGUUGGAGAUGCGGUGGUCCAUGUGUAGAGCUAGAGCUGUCACUGAGCAAGGAAUGCUACACAAGAGAAGACAGUGGUUAUAAUAUGACCUCAGAAAGACUCGGCCAGAGGACAAACUGACUGAAGCACAGGAAGAUAAACUGACAGGAAGCUAUGAAUGGACGGAGACAUGAGAGGAUUGAAUCUGGCACAUUUGCUGAAGCUUUGGAGUGACUGAGGAGAACUGAUGGACAGACAGAAAGACGGCACAGAUUGACAGAUGGCGACAGAUUCCAACUGACACAUGCUGAAACGUACUUUGUGCUGACAGAGUGGGCCAGAUGACGAAGACCUACAGUGACAUUGAUGCUGUCACUCGACUACUGGAAGAGAAAGAGCGUGACUUGGAGUUAGCAGCUCGCAUCGGACAGUCACUGCUGAAGAAAAACAAAGCCCUCAGUGAGAGGAACGAACUGCUGGAAGAGCAAGUAGAGCACAUACGAGAGGAGGUUUCUCAGUUGCGUCAUGACUUGUCCAUGAAAGAUGAGUUGUUACAGUUCUAUACCAGCGCUGCUGAGGAGAGUGAGGGGGAGUCUAUCACCUCCACACCUGUGCGUCCCAGUGAAACCAAUGUGUCAACUCCAACUUUUUUCCCCUUGGACUCCUUGCAGAAGAAACUCAAAGAUCUGGAGGAAGAAAACAAAUCAUUGCGAUCUGAGGCCAGUCAUUUGGAGACAGAAACUAUCUCCUAUGAGGAAAAAGAGCAGCAACUUGUCAAUGACUGUGUCAAAGAACUACGUAAUUCCAACCUGCAGAUUUCCUCUCUGGCUGAAGAGCUGGCCAGGAAGAGUGACGACGUCUCCAGACAGCAGGAGGAAAUCACACACCUCCUCUCCCAGAUAGUAGACCUCCAGAAGAAGGCCAAGCUGUAUGCCGUGGAGAAUGAGGAGCUGACUCAGCACUUGGGGGCAGCCAAGGACGCCCAGCGACAACUCACUGCUGAGUUGCGGGAGUUGCAGGAUAAGUAUGCAGAGUGUAUGGAGAUGCUUCAUGAGGCUCAGGAGGAGCUGAAGAACCUAAGAAAUAAAACUCUACCACUCAGCACACCAAGGCGUUUCCACUCUCUGGGUCUCUUCCCAAUGGACUCUCUGGCAGCAGAAAUAGAGGGCACCAUGAGGAAGGAAUUACAGAUGGAUGACCCGGAUGUAGAAGAGCAGAGAUUGCAACCAAAGCGAGUUUUCCAGACAGUGAAAAACCUCAACCUGAUGCGUCAGCAGCGUUCAUCACUAGCCCCCUCCCCUCUCAACAUCCCAGGCUCCAAUCAGACAUCAUGCCUCACCUCAGGGCGCUCCAGCAGGGUGGGCACACCUCGCUCCAACUCCAUAUAUAGUAGUGAGAUCGGAAGUGGGAUUUUCCUGGACAACAGGAAUAGCAGUAUCCUGGAGAGUCCAGAUGAUGGGUCAGAGGACUCUAACAAGCGGCCCCCUGGCACCCCAGGGACCCCGGGUAGCAGGGACCUGGAGGCAGCCCUUCGGCGUCUGUCCCUCCGUCGCGACAACUACCUCUCAGAAAAACGCUUCUUCGAGGAGGAGAGGGAGAGAAAGCUGGCUUACCUGGCCAAAGAGGAAGAAAAGGGAGGUGGGGGGAGUAGCGGAGGACCGGGAACACCGACGGAGAGCCUGCUGUCGCUAUGCUCGCAUCCCUCCCUCGGAAGCGUCUGGUCGGGAUACUCAUUCACAGCGAGAUCCUACCUGCCGGAAAAGCUGCAAAUUGUAAAGCCGCUAGAAGGCUCUGCUACUCUCCAUGCUUGGCAGCAGUUGGCUCAACCCCACAUGGGAGCUCUGCUGGAUCAUCGGCCCGGUGUGGUCACGAAGGGCUUCCGCACUUUAGCGCACGAGCAAGAGCAGGAAGACUGGCAACUGGACCAACCAGAGGAGGACGAACUUUCAUGUGACUCAUUUACUGGCUUGUCAGGAGAGAGCCCUGCUCCCAUGGAUCUGCCUCGCUCUACCUCUUCUCCCGUCUGCUGCAACAAAAACGGAGACGUCGAUGACGACAGCCAAUCAGAAACAUUGCAAGGAGAAAUGUGCCGAGCUAGAGAAAUGAUGCAAGUAAAAGAUGGACAUGUUGCAAACAUGCCCCUUUCCUUCUCCAGACCCUCCCUGUCUUCUUCUCCUCUCCCCUCUUCUUCUGAGAUGAACGGGCAUGUGGACCUCAAGGAGCUCCAGGCCUUACAGCCCGCCACAGUGGACCGUUUGCCUGUUAAUUUCCCAGGGAAGUGUAUGUCCCAUACUAGCUCUACGUACACCUUCACCACCUGCCGGAUUCUCCACCCCUCGGAUCAGCUGACCUCUGUGUCCCCAAGCUCAGCUCUAGGCUCUUGUCAGAGCAGCGCUUGCAUCAGCAGCCCUACCCCCAUUUCCUCUCCUAUACCCUUCUCUGCCCCACCCACACCUUCCUACACCCCCUGCUGCACCCCACGACGCCUCUCCCUCUCGCUCUCACUAGCAGAGUCCUCCACCAACCUUAGGGACUCCACCAAGACCACCAGCACCUCUCUAGGCCUGGUGCGCCUCCUGCUGGAGCAUGGGAUUUCUGCCUCAGUGUAUGACCCUCGCAGCUGGGACCGAGGGUUUGAUGCCAGUGGAGCUUCGACACCCGUGGUAGGAACGCAAGCGAAGAAGAGCGGCGACAUACCUGGGGAAACCAAACCUAGACGAUUGGGGAAACGCCCAGACACCCUCCUCCUCCAGCCCUCCACCCCGCCCAACUCCCCUCGUUCCAAAUCUGCCUCCUCUACCACCACCUGCCCAGUUUUUCAGUUCAGCCCCACCAAUGAUGACCCCCCAUUUUAUGACACUUUCCUCGCCUCUAAACCGGCUCGUACCAUUCUGAGGGAAGUACUGGGGGAGGUGGAGAGGGAGCGAGGGGGGCAAAUAGAUGAUGAUGGCCAAACAGAGAUGCUGAAUCUGCGACUUGUGGACAAACUGAAAAGUUUCCGCACCCUCCCCCCUCAUGCUGCUUCUGUUUCAUCUGGGAGUAGUCUAUUAGCCCCCUUUGGAUCUACUGGACUGGGGAACAGUGCACUCGGUGGCGGGCUCCCAGGUUUGAAUGCAGGGCUGAGGAGGAAUCGAAGCUAUCCUGCUAUGGUAGGAGCCAGUAUGGCCAUGAAAGACCCGGGAGGCCCCCCUAACACAGAGAUACUCAUACCGCAUACAAUGCAAACGCCACAUACCCAACACGCAGCACAUACACAAGAAAAAGGCAAAAUGCAAACAAAUCACACCCUGGUCACGAGGGCCAUACAUAUACCACAGACACUACAUGCACUGGAAACAGUCACACCACAGACAAUAAUACAGAGACACACCAGGCCAAACGACGGACUGCAGGAUUCAGCAAGCAAUGACCAUCACAGUGAUGAAACUGGGACAUAAUGGGAAAUGUUCAGUGUUUUAGCCCAUAUUACAACACACAUGAUACAACACGCAUACAAAUUUAUUGACAACCAAAUACCCUUCAUAACUAUAUAGACAUCCCUCAGCUGUGGAAUAUCCCCAGAACCAAACAGCUGCAAUAGUCCACCCCCCUCCACCUACAGACUCAACUAUACAGUAAGUCAUCUUUCCUAACCAGGCAGACUCCAGCUGAUUUAUUUAAACAAUCAUCAGUCUGAUCAACGCAAACUGAAUGAAAUGGUGGUGAAUAAACCAUUAGUGGCUGACACUGUUACACUGUGUUAUACUCAUACACUGUCAGACUAGACUGAUGAUGAUGGAGUAUGUUGCCUUCCUCAGUGUCCGUUGUAACUGUAUAUUGUAUAAGCUGUGUAUGCAAUAUACUGUGUCAUAUAUAGUAUAAGAUUAAAAAGCCCAAUCUGGUGAAAGUACAGCAGAGCUUUCCCCUCUUUCAGUCUCAUUUUCCUUCUGGACCUGAAUGUGCACUAUUAAAUAAAGGCAACACAUGAAUUUUAAAUGCCCUGUAUUGGCCCGAAUAUAAGAUUGGUUUAUUUCUUUAGAUUAAGAAAUGCAAGUUGUAUUUUCCAGGAAUGCACAAUUAUUCAUUCAAUAGAACAGAUGUUACUUUAAGAAGGUGCUGUGUUAUGGGUCGUGUAGUGUUGAUAAAAAAACAUUUUCCCCGUUAAAGACCACCAGAAAUGACACAUCUGUUGACAGGUUCGGUAAGAGGACAGAGAGACUAAUAAUGUCAAAUCCAACCAGGAAGAGAAAAAUAAUUCUCUUCCACUGUAAAACUACAGUCAGUAAAGCUGGCUGCUUGCCUAUAACCAGCCUUUAUUUAGCUAAAAGAUUUUUUAAAUUGUAAUAUUUUAUACUUAUUUAAAUGUGGAAACACAUUCAAAUAUGAUUAAUUUGCCUUCAUUGUUUAAUUUAAAGUGCAAAAAUCUUAUAUGCGGGCCACUAUGGUAUUAUAAGCCUUUGAUUGUUUGUGUCUCCAUUAUAUUGCACUGGAGAGAAAUGGAAGUUAUGAUGUUGGCACUAGAGAUUAUUUCCUACCAGCAACUCUCUUUCUCCUCUCUGUAUGUAUGUAAUCUGUAUUUUCAAAAAUAAUCCGGAUUGUGGCUUUAAUGUGUCAUCUUGCUGUGACUUACUAUUCUUAUGUGCCUAAAAACAGCUAACAUACUGUAUCUUAUGGGAGAAUCAUUUGUCAUAUUUUGUUAUUUUAAUGCAGUAGAGAGAGAAAUUGAGAAUAAUGGUGCGAAUUAAUAUAUUUGCAUCUGAACCUG